GGGCUCGUCUACCUGUUCGACAUCUUCCCGGCGCUGCUGGUCAAGCUCUCGGGCCCGUACUGGUUCCAGCUUGUGUCCUACCGCCAGCGCACAGUGGCGGGCGCCGUGUGGAUGCUGCUGAGCUUCCUGGUCGUCGCGCGCGGCCGCCACUCGCUGGGGCUGCAGCUGCUGGGCGUGGCCUUCUCGGGGCUGCAGUCCGGCAUGAUGGAGGCGAGCUUCCUGGCCAUGACCUCCUUCUACGCCAGCCCCGUGCAGUGCCUCACGUGCUGGUCCAGCGGCACGGGGCUCGCCGGGGUGGGCGGUUACGCCUGGGUCGCGCUGCUGCACCUCUGGGGCGGGCUCAGCUUCCAGGCCACGCUCGAGCUCGCCUGCGUCUUCCCGCUGCUCUAUGUGCUC